AAAAAAAUUCACUUCAACUGGUAUAAAAAUCUUGAAAAAUUUUUUUUUAUCUAUUUUGUUAGUUCAAAUAGAAGAGAAUUUAAUAUUGAAGGGAACAAGCUAUAAUUCAUUUCAGAAGGUUCAUUAGUUUUUUUUUCAUUCAUGUACACCAAUUCAAAGCAAUCAUAAAAAUGAAAAGUCGAGAAAAGAAGAUAAAGUUUGUACUAUAGCUGUCCGGUCACAGCGUAACUACCUAACGCUCGCCUACCUUUGGCUUUGUAUCUACGGAAAUAUUGAGAAUUAGGCUCUGUAACUUUGUGUGAAUAUUCUGAAAUAUAUAAGGAAUCGCUUAAAACGAAAAAAAAAUAGAUUUUUUUGACCUUAUAAACCAGGCUCCUCCCUUAAUUCUUAUGUCUUUGCCAGGUUUACCAAUCAUAUGCAGUGAUUUGAGAUAAUUAAAUGAAGCACAUGGUGCAACAUUCGCUGGAGUCAACGUGGGGCUAAGACCUAGUAAAUAAUUUGUUUUCUCCUUGUUCACUCCUCACGGGUGCGUAGGGCCUCGACAAAUCUUGUCUUGAGUUGGUUUCGUUAAUCUAUUUGAUUUCUGACAGGGUAGGUGAUUAGCCUGUCGCUACCGGUCCUAAGUGGUGGAAGUGCCCACCUGUCGUUGCUUAGGAACAAGGAAUAGGCAUUAAGCAUAGGAACAACAAAGUAAAGAAAUAGUUUACGCCAAUUAGCAUAAAUUUUUCCGUGAGACAACUAAAUUUGUUAACUCGUAGUUCUGAAGUCUUCCAAAACCGCUUAGUCAAUAAAAGCGGCAAUUUAUCGGAAGAUUACACACUUCAUCUGACCUUAAUUUGAGGUAUUUACCAUACUUAUAUAUUAAGCGCCAGCAUAUAAUGCCAGUGGCUACAAGGUUAAGAAAGGCACUUGUUUAUUUUGAUUAUCGCUCUUCCGUAUUGCAAAAAACUACAUUCAUCCACUUGUACUUUGUAGCUAACGCCCGUGUAUUUAUAUUAUAUUUUUUUACACUCUAAGUAAAUGCUGACAGUACACAGUGACAAUUUAAUUUAAUGAAUUCACUUUAUUUAAACAUUUCAUCAGCACCUUAACAAUGACGUCACAAACAACAAAGCACUAUCAUUUGAGAAUUUACAACCAAUCAACCGGAGGUGUGAUGGGGAGGUGAUAAAUGAAAGCAUCACUCAUUCUAUGCGGUCAUGCUUACAUACAUGCCUUUGUGUGCAUGUGCCUACGUAAAUGUUGCAGACCAAAUGUAUGUAAAUAGAGGGCGCGUUUGAUUGGUUGCCAUGAGCAGUGGGCGAUAGCGCUAACGUGGCUGAUGAAUGGACUUCGUUUUCUUUGAUGUAGGUAAAAAAAGCUCACUCAAAUGAAACAAACGAAGCGCACUAUUCAUUAGAUGCACAUUAAAUUUAGUAAAUUGUACUCAAAAUAAACCAAAAAAAUUGUUUUUCUUCCUAAAAACAAAAAAAAAGUUCAUUGCAGCCUCUUAUGGUAUAGCUGGCGACUACAUGCUGUAGUUCACACUGGCUAAACAAUUCACUUAAGUUGACCAUGGCCAUGACUUUCUUUUUACGAUAAUUAUGCAUUUUUUGUGUGAAUGUAUGUGUUUGGCGCCUUUUUGUGGCACUAUUUUGGGUACAAACAAUAAUAGAGAGCCAGCGUAAAAAAUAAACUAAGGAACAUCUUUGUAAAUCGCUGCAAUGCUAUGGCGUGCGCUCUAAUGCGUACACGCUUAGACUUUGGCCAAAGCCAUUACGUGGACCCGCCAGUGCGAUUUGUGUGGCGUGCGAAGGACGUGUGCGCAGAGUGAAUUUGGCUAAUGGCAGCAAGUGCAAUUUAAAUGUUAUUACAUAAAUAAAACGCAAGUCAACAGACCGUAAAGGAAAUGAAAUGAAUUAAAUUAAAUUAGCUUUAACUUUUCUUAAGAGAAGAAUUUUACAUGCUUUGUCGAAGUAAAUAAAAUUUUUACAAAAUGUUGCUCAUACGCCAAGCCAACGACAACGAAAGACCUCAUACCUCAAGGCAGACAUUAGGCAAGCUGAACGAGCUGGGAUGGGAGCUAAUGCCGCAUCCACCAUACUCUUCGGAUAUUGCACCUUGUGAUUAUCACCUUUUCCGUGGACUCUAAUCCCAUAUGAAUAACAAGAACUACUCCUCAAAAAAGCUAUAAAAAGGGAUAUCGAAGCGUAUUUUGGCUUCAAGGACAAAAAAUUGUUUGAGCAGGGAAUUAAAAAUUUGCCUAAACAUUGGGAAGACAUUGUAUGUGUAAACCGGAUGUUAAGUACUAACUGUUUCGAAAUGAUCUACAAAAAAUUUGAAAAAUAAACACAAUAAGCCCUAGGUCAUCAUUAUCGUACCUAAUACAUUUAAAUCGAGGCAAACCAGUUCAAAACGAAAGCAAUUCCGUCUUUGCUACGGUGAACGCCAAAGUAGCUGAAUUUACACUGUUUUACGCCGAAGGGAAUGGUAUAUUUCUUGGGGGAUUGGGGCAUGGGAGAUUCUGACUGUGCGUCAUAUCAUCAACAUGUUCCAACAAUACAACAUACCGCUUUGCAUGCCCACAACAACAGCCACAGCCAUCACCAGCACCAACAGCAACAGCAGCAGCAACACGCCCAACAAAAUGAGCAGCAGCAGCAUCGUGAAUUACAUCUGCAAUUGCAGCAACAGCAACAACAACAACAGCAACAACAAAGUCGCCAACAUAUUGGAGAAAUUGCACCUACAUUAGGUCAAUUAUCGCCCCUACAAUUUGGCAGCGGUACUGUGGACACCACAACACUACUCGGCAACACACUCACAGCCGUACCACAACCGCAACAUUUAUUAAAUAACUCACCGCAACAUGUUGCCAACAGUACAUUGGUCACAGCCAAUUUGCAACAACUGUCUGUGAGCAGCAGUAGUCACAGUGGCAGUCACUGCUCAACGCCCAUUAAAUCGGCCGUGAUCGAUGCGUUCGAUAAGUCUUCUUAUCAACCACUGCAACAGCAACAGCAGCAGCAGCCGCAGCCGCCUAUCCAACAGUUACAACAGCAACAAUCGAUUCCAGCACAAGCGCAUCCGCUUGCCUCAGCGACAGCUGCUUUGCAUCAGUAUUUGGGUCGUCAACGUUCCGAUUCGUGUGCGGGUAAUGUUGGUGGCUGCACGAAUGCACCUGUGGCGCCGACUGCACCAGCGGAGCAUGGUGGUAACAACAACGGCAGCAGCAGAGGAUCCGCGGCCAAUAACUUCCUGCACCCUCAGCUGAGUAAGGAUCUCUUGGAAAGUGAGGAUGAAGUCGCACUGCAACCGCUCUCCAAUCAGGUUGGUGGACACACUCGCCUUUUGUUGCUGAAUCAAUCCACUGUCAUAAAGCCAUUGAAUUUGCGUGAAUUGGACUUUUAUCAAAACAUUCCGCACGAUGUACAGAAGUUUGUGCCCAAAUACAAAGGCGUGAUGCAAGCGACCACAAUGGGCGGCGCCAAAUUGGAAAAACGCUACUCGCCCAGUUUUCGCGAGGAGCCCGUGCGCAAGAUGAGCGCCACAAAGCGGAAGCGGGAUGAUGUGCUAAGGAUGAAAGUUCAUAAGAAUGGAAAUGCUGCCGAUGUUAUAAAAAGUAUUUCGCAAUUAGACAACACAAAUAAGCAAUAUUUCCUCAUGCUAGAGAACAUCACAUCGCAAUUCCGUAAUCCAUGCAUACUGGAUUUGAAAAUGGGCACACGGCAGCAUGGUGAUGAUGCUUCGGCAGAGAAACGCUCCAAGCAGAUGGCCAAGUGUGCGGCGAGCACAUCGGCAUCGCUGGGUGUACGCCUUUGCGGCAUGCAAAACUAUCAGGCCCAUAUCGAUCAAUAUGCCAAGCGCGACAAGUACUGGGGACGCGAAUUGGACGAGACUGGCUUCAAGCAGGCUUUGCAUGACUUUUUCUACAAUGGCUAUCGCUUGCGCACGCGCGUUAUCAAGAAGAUUGUCCAGAGGUUGCUGCAGUUGCGGCGCGUUAUCGAAAAGCAGUCCAGCUAUCGGUUCUACUCGUGUUCAUUACUUAUCGUCUACGAGGGUUAUGAGGAGAAUCCGUCGACCCAUCCCAUGGAUAUCGAGGAGUGGCUUACACCCACCACCCCCAAGUCGGCCACGAAAUCCGCUACUUUCGACUACCAUCCCGAUAACAGCAUCGACGAUGAUGACAUCGACGACGACGACGAUGUAGUGGAUGCAGAUGAUGAUACUGCUGGUCAUGAUGGCGGUGAUGAGCUGGAACUGCAUGAAACCGAUGAUGAUCUGCACAUGGUGGCGGCCGAUAGCGGCAAUGCUUCCGCUACCAACAGCAGCACUGGCGGUGAUCCCUGUUGUUACGAUGCCGAUGCCUCAAACGACUCCACAAAUAUGUCGGGCCUGAAUCGCCCCACGUUGCGUCGAAAGCGCGGCUUAACGGAAACAUCUCUGGAAAGAUCGUGUGGUUUCGCAGAAGCGGUCACACCUGUGCGUGGCUUCCAUGAAGACUCGGCGGCAGCAGUAGUUGUGGCACACACGGAAAUCGAUGCUAUAUCCAUGCCGCCACCAUCCUCUGCGCUGAGUGCAUAUAGCAGUAAUGUGUCUGCCGUCAGUAGCAGCAACACCAAUCCGCCAUUCAUUCCAAUUUCCGAAGAGACAAUAUUCCUCGAUCCCGAGCCGCCACUGCCAAGCGUCUCGACAUCAUCGCCGCACUCCGGCGACUCCUGGAUGAAUUAUAGUAGCAACAGCAGCGACGAUUUCUCCGGUUUGUCCGAGCAAAUCAAAGCGGUCACAAGUGGACGGCAGACGGGCGAUAAUAGCUCAGAUGAAGCCAGUUCCGACUAUGACAGCAGCAUAAUUGGUCAAACGGAAGUCAUGCUGAAGCGUUACAAAUCGCAGCAAGACUCCUUCGAUAUAUCGCCAUUGGCGCAAGCGACCGAGACGCCGCUAUUAGCAUCAGCACCACGGCUACCGCAAACACUCGCAACAUCUGCCUGUUCAACACCACCGUUGCCACCGAGCAGUGUCGGCAAGCUGCCCACCUCCGUUGCCAACUCUUCGCCCACCUCGUCCACAGCGUCAUCGCUGAAGUCAGUGCGUGGUGCAGUUAAGCGUCUGCGUUGUAAAGAUGCCGACGAUGAGGAUGAGAUCGAUGUCAGUGACAAUAAAAAGGACGCGAUUUCGACCUUUUCGCAAGCAAAAAAAUCAACAACUGCACUAAGCUUAAGCAGUGUGGUGACCAGUGCGGGCGGCAGCAGCAGUGCAGUUCCGGUGUCCUCAACACCGACCUCAGUUAACACGUCGCCAGUGAAGACACCGCUCAUGACACCCACCUCAACAACAUGCGGCACUGAGAGUACAGCGGAUAAGAUCAAGAAUACGCUGCUCGCGGGCAUGCAAGACAUACACAACACGUACAACAAUAAUAAUGGCAAUAAGAAUAAUCACUGCAAUAGCAUCAGCAAAAAGAAAGCUAACGCGGCGCGCUUGACACUGCAACAUGCCUCAAAAUCCUUAGAUAUAGUCGGCUGUCAAGCGGCCGCCACAAGCGAAGAUGCGCGCUGUCUAGUAGACGUGCGUCUAAUUGACUUUGCACACACGGCAUUUGUGCCGCGCAAUGGCAGCGGGCUGCUGCAACAGGCGGCGUCCAGCACCCCAGUGCACCACGGCCCAGAUGGCGGCUUUCUAACAGGACUGGAUAGCCUCAACCGCUUACUCAAUGACAUUCUAACCGAAGAGGUCAGCGUUUAAGCGUGCAUUUGCAGAAGAACUGCGUUGUGCGUGCAAAGGAGCGCCCAAAAAGGGCACGCUCAAUGAGCUCAAAGUGCAAGGAAAGCGCUGGAAGCUUAAAUGCAUUGCGCUCACGAAGACCUUGAGCGGACUGGGAGAUGUCGAAAAUCAAAACUACCACCAACAACUACAAAUAUGUGCAUACGGAUGUAAGUUAAUGAGCGCCGCCACCAGUCUAGAUUACAACUACAACUACCCCCAAACCCAAUGCAAAUGACUGAGUAUGCGGAGUGAAUGAGAAAUGUGGGAAAACUUUGAAGCGAAUGUGACUGCCUGAACGUUUAAGCAACUAAAUUUAAGUCUAAAAUAAAAAUUAGUAAUUGCAAUUAAUUUAAAAAAUGAGAAAAGUGGCACCGUGCAACCGAGAGAGAGAGAGAGUAAGAGAGAAGGGGAGAGAAAACUAAAGCUAAACUAACGAUACGCAUAGCGUUUGGAGCAAACUAGUAAGCAAAAAAGCAGUGUGUCUUUCCUAUUAUGAAUUUUAAGCUAAAAUAUAUUUUAAAAUACAAAUGACGCAGGGGUAGAAGUGUGAAGACGAAAAUUGUGCAUAAGCAGAAAAUUGAAGAAAGCUAAGGAUGAAUGAAAAAAUACAAUCGAGCAGAAUCUGGCUAUAUUAGCUGCUUUCGGACAGCGCGUAAAAAUUUUACGAAAUUAUAAAUUAAAAAAAAAAUCGUUAACUUGAAAAAUUCUAAAUGCAUAAUUUGGAACUGUUUUAAGCAAAUAUUAAAGAGAACUACAUAUGUUACAAAAAUAAAAGAGAAACUUUAACAGCAAAAUGUUUACCAUAUGCACAAAACGGCAUCCAAAUUAAAAAUAUUAUAACACAACUCAUAAAAAAAUAUAAAUAUUUAUAAUGGAUGACCGAAAAAUCUUAUUUAUGAAUCAAUGACUAUAACAGCAAAAUCCAUUUUUUGUUUUUUAAUUAACAUCCAUUCAUAAUAACAUAAUGCAGCGCAGCGCGCCUGUUAAUAAACAUUACGAGCGCGAAACGCGAGUAAAUGUUAAAAGCAAAAAUGCUUCUUGUGUUUGGUGCUAAAUUGCAGGAGCUGAUGCAAAACGAACUGGGUUUGUCGCAUGCAAAUACGAUUGACAAAAACAAAGAUCGAACUUUUAGUUACAAAAACAAAGCAUACAAGUUAAGUAACUUUUAAUUACGAAAACAAAGCAUAAAAAUUAAGUAAUUUUUAGUUACAAAAACAAGGCAUAAAAAGUUCAUUGAAAAUAAUUUUUACUUAGCGAUUAUUUCGCUAAACGAAACUUGCAGUUAACUGUUAAAUGUACUAUCUUUCAUAAGGAAACUAUGCUUUGACCAUGUAAAAACAACAACAAUUGCUAAGCUUAGUUUAAAGCCAAGCAAACAUAUUCGUUAUGUACAUUGCAAUACUGCUCAAAUGUCUUCCUCAUGCAAACGGAAAAUGACGUUAAACAGUGGCGAAAAGAAAAGAGUGUCAACUAUUUUCGUUUUUUUUCGCUUUAACAGAUUUCGCCAAAUUCUUUUUCGAAAGAUUGCGCUAAAUCAGAAGUUAAGUAGCAUAACAAAAUUAAAAACAAACAUUUUAAAAACAAAAACAAAGAAAGAGGUUCAGCUAAAAGAUUGUGGGCUUGUUCGAGAUGCAAUCACAGCCGCUGUGUUGAAGUAUCACGUUCGAAAGAAUUUCACUUGCAACUUUGGGUAAAGUAGAGCGUUCAAACUAAAUAAAAAAAAAAUGUUUCACUAUUGCGCGGAAAGUGUUUCAAAUCAGCAUCAUAAAAAAUAUCUUUGCACAAUUGCUUUAUUCUCUUUUUGUCCUUUUCAAUAGUAAAUUACCGUCAGUAUCGGAAUUACCAAGGAAAAUAUUUAUACAAAGCUCCAUUAUUCUUGUUUAUUUAUCCACUUUCGCGCAUCUAUGCAAAACAUGUGCCGAGCAUCAGAAAAGUAUCAGCUUAGCAUUUGCAACAAGGCUGCAAACGCUUAUAAGUACUGCAAUACUGCCGCUUUUAUUACGUGCCUCGAACACGCCCAGUAGCAGGCAAUUGCGUUGAUAUUUAAAGCAUGUUGGGAAGCAAGUGUAAAAGAGAGAGUACUAAAAACAAUCGGUUUUUACUAUUAUACUAUGCGACGCCCAGCAGCUCUGACAGCUGCGAAUAUUUAUGUUAGCUUCAGCAAAGAAACUCUCAUUUCAAAAAGUUCAAUUUAUCAUCAAACAACAAUGCAACGCAUAUGUUGUGCAAAAACAAUUGGGUAAGCUUUUAAUAACAACAGUAACAAGUUGUAAGAGCGUAAAAUACUACUAGAGCUGGCCAUAAAAAAGCACCGUUUUUUCAGAUGAGCAUGCAGAGAGCAUUGCCUGAAGACCGUAAAUUUCAUUCGCUGAGAAUAAAAACAAAAUAAAUGCAAUGAUUGGGGAAGCCUCAAAAUAUUACAUAGCGGUGUACUGUGAAGUAGCGAAGUUGUAAACUAUUAUUUUAAAUUACUAUUAAUUUAGCUGUGCGUUUUAUUCUUUUUUACGAUUUAAAAUCCCCAGAAGCAACUUCUAUAAAUUCAUUCAAAACUUAUUUUUAAUUAACGACAUCUUUUAACUGAUCUACGUUGCAAAACAAAAACAUAAAACUAUAAUAUUAAAAUAAAUAUAUUGUAUAAAUGCAAAAAUAAAAAAUAACGUGAAAUAAAUAAACAAUUUAAAAUAAAUCUAAAUUAAAUUAAACAUGAUGUGUAAUAAAUACUGCAAUAUAAUAAUAAAACUAAGUAAAAUAUUGUAAAACAAAAAAAAGAAAGUCAUGUAAUAAAUAUUAAAUAAAACAAACACAAAGUAGUGAAAUAAAGUAAAAUGUAAAAUAAAUUAAAGAAAAAUUUAAUUAAACUAAACUAAAAAAAAAUGAAUAUGGAAACUAAGUAAAACUAAUGUAUUAAAUAACAUAAAAAGCAAGCGCCUGACUGUUAUAUAGUUGGACGAAAAUAUAUUUGAAAAUAAGGAAUAAAAAUGUAAUAAUAUAUAAUGAAUAUAAAUUUAAGACAUAUUAAUUACGUAAAAUAUAAUAAAUUAUAAUAAUAAAAUAAAAGAUAAUAAUAAAAUAGAAAAUAAUUAUAAAAUAAAAAAUAAUAAAAAUAUAAAAACAAAAAAUAAUAAUAAAUAUAAAAAUAUAAAAAUAAAAAUUAAAAAUUAAAAAUAUUAAUAAAAAUAAAAACAAAGAAUAAAAAACCAAAAAUAAAAAAAAAUUGAAAACAAUAAUAAAUAUUUAAUAAUAAAAAUUAAAUAAAAAAAAUAAACGAAACGAACUAAAAUGAAAAAGUUACAUUUAUAUCGGCAUAUCAAACAGGUAGCAGCCAAGGCGAAAAGGGUUACUGCAUUUUUCGUGAUUUUGACAAGGCACCAUAAUAUACAAAACAUACAAACAAGAGGAAGGGCAAUAUUUAAAUUUAACAAACUAGUGAAAACGAAGUGCCGUGUGCCCCUUCUUUUGUUCGUAUGCAUGACGCCCCUAGCCGAAUAGGCUACCAGACUACCAUUUGGAGGACGUAGGUUCGAAUCUCGGUGAAACACCAAAAUGAAGAAAACGUUUUUUUCUAAUUGCGGUCGCCCCUAGGCAGGCAAUGGCAAACCUCCGAGUGUAUAUCUGCCAUGAAAAUGCUCACAUAAAAAAUAUCUGCCGUUCGGAGUGGGCUUAAAAUUGUAGGCUCCUACAUCAAGGCGCACGCCACGAAUAAGGGUGCAAGCGGCUUAAAAAAUUUGGUGAAUGGCUUGGUAAUAUUGUAAUUUGUGACAUUUAAAUUAAACAAACAAAUGAAAACGAAUUGCCGCGUACCCCUUCUUUUUUUUCGAAUAUUCUCGGGCAUGACUUCACAGCGAAUUCGGAAGGCGCAAUCUUGUAUUCUAUGAUUCUUGGCUAGCAGCAGUAGAGCAAAAACAACAAAAGUAAUGUAUUUUGUUUUUGCUUUCUAUGAACUAAGAUUGAUAGUUCAGAGUUACUUACAUAAGACUGGAGGAUUUAGUGACCAAAUAAAUAGAAGAAAUCAAAAAUGCAACCCUACUGCUGCUUGCUAUCUGUUUAUGUGCCUUGCUUUAUAUGCAUUUUGAUUCCUCUUGUUGAUAUCAUUAAGAAGACUUUGCGUGUGUUUGAGCUGGGCAAUAAUUACCGCAAUACUGCAAUCUCGUGUAUUCUUUGAUACUCUGUUGCUGAGGCCCACCUGAUAAUCUGCUGUAACAUGGCAGUAAUUAUUUUGCAUAGAAGGUGAUAUUUGUAAAAGUUGGAAAAGUAAUGGAAAUUUUGAUCUAUUCACUUUUUUUAAUUUUUCUUUUUUUAUUUUAAGUUUACAUUGCGAUUAAUAUUAUUAACUAACGCACUUUCUGAUGAGUUUGCAACCAUAGUGGCAUAACAAUGGACCCUCUGGCCUCUUGCUAUACACUUGUGGGUAAUUGCAAUCACCUCAACCUAACCUAUUUAAAUGAAAAUAAGAAGAUACAUUUUAAUUUAAUUUCUCUUUUAUUUUAAUUUUCUAGUUCUAAUUUUCUUUAGAAUUGUAGGCCUAAGAUAGGGAACUUCAAUUUUCAUUUUUUCAGUACUUUGCCCAAAAACAAAAUCGAUUUCUUAUUCAUACGAAACUAAUUUAAAAUCCAAUCCAAUCCAGCUUAGUUUUUUGCUGUAUUCAACUGUAAACUACAAUAGUAUUUAUUACAAACUUUACUUACUUUUCAUGCUCCAUCUCAAAUGUGCAGUGAAAUUUUUUGUGUUGCGUCUGUUGUGCUAGUCUCAUCACUAGAUCAGAUCAGAAUCAACAGAUUUUUAAUAUGUAAGCAAUUUAUAUAUGUAUUUGAUGGCCGAUGUGUGAUUCACAACUUAGUGCGGUUCUCUGUUAAGAAACCUAGCAUGAUGGAUUACUCAGUUUUUUCGUAAAAAAAAACCAGCUUGCGUCAGCCAAUCAGCUGAUCAUUUGAAAUUCGCUGAAAGCCGAUUAACUGCCAAAUUCAAACACACUUUGUUAAAUAUUUUUUUAAUAUUUCUCGUGGUCACAGUAGCCGAAUACGUUUAUACGUGAUUACCGUUCGGUAGGACCCGUAAUCGAAAAGGCCCUGUGGCCAUGAAACACCAAAAUGAUAGAAAAGGGUUUCUCUAAAAGCGCUCGCCCCUCGAUAGACAAUAACAAACCUUCUGCCAUCAAAAAGCUGCUCUUGGACAACCAUAGUAUGUCAUUCGAAGGCAGCAUAAAACUGUAGGUCGUCGGACAAAUCUGCACACCACAAUUUAGAGGAAGAGCUCGGCCAAACACCCAACAAAGGAUGUACGCACCAAUUAUACACAUAUGAAUAUAUAUUUUUUUUUAUAGAGGGUCUGACGUUGGUGGAAUGCUGUCGGAGUUUUCGCUCAGAGCGUGAUGCUCUCUACGAUAAAAAAUAACACUGCCGCAAUUAUUGCAGCUCAAACACACCUCUUUCGUAUCAAAAUUGCUAAACUGUAAAAUUAAAUAAACAACAAAAACAACCUAAAACAUCAAACUUAUAAUCAAAAGCGACUGCAGCUCUCAGUACAUUUCAGAGAGAAAUGAGGAGAGAAACGAGAAAAUAACUUACGCUUAUAAAACAACAAAAGCAAAUAGGCUUAUAAAAAAAAACAACACAAUGCCGAAUUGUACAACAUUGCUAAAACAGGGUCUUGUUAGUAAAGAAAAUAAUGUAAAUUUAAAAAAAAGUUAAAUGUUUUGGCAGAUUGCUUACUUUAUGGCGGAAAUCCACAAAAAAAAUAUUUGAAAUACACUACAUUUCUUUUUAUCAUGAUUCGUAUCAGCGAAAUACUUGCUUUAAAAUUGAUUACAAUAUUUUGUAAAUUAUUAUUCUAAUUUUUUUUUGGGAAAUUUUUUUUUAUGCAUCGCUUUGGAGCUCUUUUAUUUUUAUCAAUUUCGCUGUUAUCUUUGGAUGAAUAUUGUUGCAUUGCGUUGACCUUCCAACACAGUAUUUUUGCUUAGAAGCACGAAAACAAAUUAAAAUCAUUUUUAAUAUAAAACUACUUUUAGAGUUGACAUAGCAACUUAAUGGUGAUUAAUAAUUUUGAAAAAUAAGUAUGAGCAACAUAUAUAUAUACAUAUGUACAUACAUAUGUAUAAUAUAUAUAAAAUAUAAUAUAAUUAGUUAAUCCUGUUGCACUUACAAUUUUUUGUUGUAAACUGAAUAUUUUAGAAUAUAAAAAUUUAAGUAACAUUAAAUAAGGAAAAGUGUAAUAAAACAAAUUCAGAUAAACAGUUAAUACAAUUAAAUUAAAUAAGAAAAAAAUCAAAAUUUAAUCUGGCAUUGCAUCACAAGAUCUGCAAUUCUUAACAGAAGUUUGUUAGUGCAACAGCAUUGACUCACCAAAAACAAAAGCCAAGAAGAAAUAUUAAUAAAUAAAAAAAUUUUAAUAAAUAAAAAAAUAUUAAGAAAUAAAAAAAAA